UGCGCUAGAAAUACGAUGGCCGCCGCCUUACGUUAGGGCUGAAAACAGAGGGGGAGUGAAUGUGUGCGAAAAUGGCUAGAAUUACGCUGACAAUCUGUGUGAUAUUUAUUGCUUCUCUAAGAUCCUGCUUUUCUGAUGAUGGCCAUGAAGUGGAGGAGUUUCUAAAGAGAGAAUAUUCAUUGUCGAAACCAUACCAAGGAAUCGGUUCUUCCGGCUCUUCCCACUGGGAGCUGAUGGGUGAUGCCAUGGUAACCACCGAUCAGGUGCGACUCACUCCGGAUAUGCAAAGCAAGCAGGGGGCAGUGUGGAGCCGCAUGCCGUGUCACUUGAAAGACUGGGAGCUGCAGGUGCACUUUAAAAUCCAUGGUCAGGGGAAGAAGAACCUGAAUGGAGACGGUCUGGCGGUGUGGUACACAAAAGAGCGCAUGCAGAAAGGUCCAGUGUUUGGAAAUAAAGAUGUCUUCACAGGGUUAGGUGUGUUUAUAGAUACUUACCCCAACGAGGAGAAACAUCUAGAGGCUCAGAAGAAACGCUACACCCCUCGCACACAGAGGAUCUUCCCAUACAUAUUAGCGAUGGUGGGGAACGGCACCAUCAGCUACAAUCACGAGCGUGACGGCAGAGCCACCGAGCUAGGCGGCUGCAACGCCAUGGUGCGGAACCUCAAGCACGACACCUUCCUCUUCAUCAGAUACGUCCGCCGCAGACUCACGGUUAUGAUUGACAUCCAUGGUCAGCAUGAAUGGAGGGACUGCCUGGACAUCCCGGGUGUGAGGCUUCCUCAGGGCUACUACUUCGGCGCCUCGGCCAUCACCGGAGACCUCUCAGACAACCACGAUCUCAUCUCUCUGAAGCUCUACCAGCUGACGGUUCUCCGGAGUAAGCUAGAGGAUGAAGAUGAGGAAGAGGUCACAGUUCCAAGCGUGGAUAACAUGGAGCUUAUCAGGACUGACCAGGAAGGGGAGGGAAUAAGCAGCAUUGGCAUCUUCUUCACCGUGCUCUUCUCCAUGCUGGGCCUCUUCCUCCUCAUCGUCAUCGGCCUCGUGGUUUACAGCCACUGGAACGAGAGCCGACGCAAACGCUUCUACUGAGCUUUCAGAGGCAGAGCUUGAGACCAGGACUUGUGGACUGAGCUCAACGGGUUCACUGGCUCCAAAACACCCCCCUGCUUCAGCGAGCACCUAGCAGACGGGUACAUUCCUGUGGACACGACAGAAAGGACAAAAAGACUCGACCUUGAGGACGACAUUAAAACAGGAAGAGCACAGUGAGGUAGGGAACGGGAUACAACCCCAAACCAACAGAGCCUUACCAUUUGAAAGUGUUUGUCGUUUAUGAUAAAUGCAUUUUAAAAUAGCGUGUAAAUAGAACACUGCCUUUGACUGUGUCUUUUUCCACUACGGCGCCAAUAUUUAUGAAUACGCCAUGUUCAGAGGGAAUACUAUACUGACGACGGGAAUUCGCCGUAUUAAUUCAAUCCAUAUGUUGUGAUCAUGAUGCUGGAAUUUUAGUAAACAAAUAAACGAAUCCCAUGUAAUUUGACCACUAGGGGGUGCUAUGACAUUCAAAUAGCUGUUAAUCAGAAAUAUUCCACUUAAUUGGAAUUAUCUGUUGAUGUUUCAUCAGUGGCUGAUUUGACAAUUAUUUAUAUAUCAAAUAUCGACAGGAUACACCUACAAGCUCCAGCAUUAAAAUUCAACUAUGGUACUGAAAAAAUAAAUGUUUGCAUCUGACAUGAUUCAGAUUUUGUUGAGAAAUGUCCGUCUCCUCUGUGAAGUCGCACCAUGUUCUGGUUAUUAAAGGAAAAUAAAAGUCCACAAAUGUUUUCUUUCAGCAGACAAACAGAAACCCUUUUUUUCUCUUUUCUGACUCUAUGUGGCGCUGACUUUACGGUGGCGGUGUUUUGCAUGUAGUUAAUCUCGUGUGUGUUGUAUGUCGAGUUUGUGAAUCCUGCACUGACUGCAAUAUGAAAACCUCAUACUAAGAAACCUGUCAUUUAUUGUGUGUAACAAUAUUUUAUUAAUUAAAAAAAAUAAUAAGUUGAA